AUGUUUUACGAAGACCUUACUCUAGGUGUGUACGAUCAACGCAGUGCGGCGGCUUUACCACAGACCUCCAGAAAUCAAAGUGAGAUUGCGACGUCAAAUACGACUGAAGAAGUGGGUUCCAUUGGGAAUUCUAAUGAAGCGGCAAACUCAUCUAAUACAUUCAAUCGGUCAGUGCCUGGUGAAUUGUUUUUUGCUUCUUCACUGUCGUCUGCCGGUGCAUCAUCGUCACCUCCUCCUGUACCGAGACGCACACCCCAGCUACGUAGAAUAGGUCAAACUCACCGUUCAUCACAGCGUCUAGCUGCUAACUCAAGAUCGAGUAGUGGUUGCCUGUUGGAGUCAUCGACGGUAAAUACCUCGGGCCUACUUCCUCGCCACAGCCCCAGGUCUGCAUGCAUCCGUCACCCAUUUAUUCCACAAGUCAUCUCAUCACGUGAAAAUUUAUCACGCCAGAAUCAGUCAGCAAGUGGAAAUAUUAUAACCAACGAAUUUUCUAACGACGAUGGUAUUCAAUUAAUAAGUACUGAACGCGUCACCAGAUCCCAAAGAAGAGCCGCAGAACGUUUGCUAGCAACGAACUCACGCACCAGUCAUAACAGACACUCUCAAAACAUCCAGGAUCGUUCAACUAUUCGAGCUGCAUUAGCUGCCGAAAGAGCCCAGUGUCGUGAAAGUGAUGAUGAUUGUGUAAUAUGUUUGUGCAAAAAGUCGAACCGCAGUGUGAUACUGCCGUGUAUGCACACAUUUUGUUUCGAUUGUAUUUAUCGAUGGUUAUGUAUCAAUCCUUCUUGUCCAUUGUGUAAAUGUUUGGCUCAUAAAAUUAUUUACUCCAUCAUUUCUGAUACCGAAUACACUGAAAUAUUGGUUUCUGACCUACACAGUGACAAUGAGUUUAACGGGGUGAAUAACUUGCCAACUGAAAUCGGAGUAGAUGAAGAAUACAUACGCCCACCUGCACAAGAUGACAGCGUUCCACAAUCACAUCGUUAUCAGUAUCAUCAAUUGGGUACUCAUCUUCUGAACUACUGGAGUAACUUUACUCGUUCACCAGUCGAUAGGACACUACCUCCACUUCCUCCUCUUAUACCUGGAACUUCGAUUCCCGAUUCUUCAUCACUCAUGCCACAAACAAGCAAUUCGUCAGUUCCUGACAAUGAGUUUAACGGGGUGAAUAACUUGCCAACUGCAGAAGAUGGCAGUGUUCCACAAUCACAUCGUUAUCAGCAUCAUCAAUUGGGUACUCAUCCUCUGAACAACUUGAAUAACGUUACUCGUUCACCAGUCGAUAGGACACUACCUCCACUUCCUCCUCUUAUACCUGGAACUUCGAUUCCCGAUUCUUCAUCACUCAUGCCACAAACAAGCAAUUCGUCAGUUCCUGACAAUGAGUUUAACGGGGUGAAUAACUUGCCAACUGCAGAAGAUGGCAGUGUUCCACAAUCACAUCGUUAUCAGUAUGAUCCAGUGCGUUAUCAUCUUCUGAGAUACUGGAGUAACUUAACUCGUUCACUGUUCGGUAGGACACUACCUCCACUUCCUCCUCUUAUACCUGGAACUUCGAUUCCCGAUUCUUCAUCACUCAUGCCACAAACAAGCAAUUCGUCAGUUCCUGACAAUGAGUUUAACGGGGUGAAUAACUUGCCAACUGCAGAAGAUGGCAGUGUUCCACAAUCACAUCGUUCUCAGCAUCAUCAAUUGGGUACUUAUCCUCUGAACAACUUGAAUAACGUUACUCGUUCACCAGUCGAUAGGACACUACCUCCACUUCCUCCUCUUAUACCUGGAACUUCGAUUCCCGAUUCUUCAUCACUCAUGCCACAAACAAGCAAUUCGUCAGUUCCGAAUAAUGAGAAUAGUGUUACUUUUUUAAUCGCCUUGGUUAGCCGUGCUAUUCGACUUGGUUCUUCUGUAAUUAUUGAUGGCUUAUUGCUCCGUCAGUUGGUGUAUGUUUUUCACCUUCAUUCAGUUCCUGAAAGACGGCCAGAAUACGUACAAGACAUCAGACCCGAAUUCCUAGCAGCAAAUGAAACUCAUCGACACAGACUUGCAUGGUUUAUUCGUCGCGAAUUACGUGUUCUAGCUCCAUGGCUGGCAUAUGAUGUGUCUCAUAGUUUGCAGAGUAAUAGUGAACAUGCUGCUGUAACAACGCCCCUUAUUUAUGGUACCCCUGGCUUGGAGGUAGAGACGAGAGAAUUAGAUGCUCUGACUAAUUUGGUUCUCCAACACAUAUGUAUAGUUCCCAUUACAAAUCAGCAAGCGAUUGUUGAUCUUCUGCGGAGUCAGCCUGCUCUUCAUUCGUCACUGGUACCCACUGGAUACCUUCGUCAUUUUGCCUCAGAAAUUUUACAGUUUGCUCAGUUUACUGGAACUAUAGGGGAGUAUGACUCUUCGGUUUCUUUAUAUCAGCGUAGAAUAAUUCAGAGUGGUUUAGCUGCAUUAUCAAAUGAAAGAAAUCAAGAUAUGCAUUCUCGACGGCUCUCUUUUGAUCCCCACCUAGUUGUGUAUAUUGCUUCUUCUUCUCGGGUUCAUCCUCGUACAGGUUUUAUUCAACCCCGGGGUUUUAUCUAUCCUUUAGCCAAUUGGUUACUACAAAGACUUUUUGUUCAUGCCGUAUGUGAUCUUCAUCCCGAUAUUAUUGCCGGCACAGGUAAUCCACCAAAUUCGCCAAACAUAGUGUAUUGUUCGGGACCAUUACUUGGAUGUCACUCGUACUGUUGUCGCAUAACAGGUACUAGUUAUAGUCUUCUGCAAACCAUUGUGUCUUCCUUUACAUCAAGGAACCAGGUUUCGGGACAGACUAGGAAUAUAAGUCCUGAUGGGACUGUUAACACUCCCAGAAUUUCUUCCAGCCAACUUUUAUACCAACGCAUAUUGAGUGAAUUUAUCGAUCACGCACGGUUUAGUGAAGCUCAAAGUAAACAUUUCAGUCUGUAUAAUAAUCGCUUCCCCUUGGUACCCGUGACAUCUCAAAGUUCAGAAGGUGAUCCACCUAUUUCUGUCUCGACUGAUCGUAUUGACGCUACAAAUUCUGUCCGUAAUGUAAUUAACCCCACGGAAUCCCCGGCCUACUUGAGACCAGCUUUGUUGUCGUACCCACUAGCAUUAAGACGUCUAGAUGGUCUUCAGCAUCUCUUCUCAGAGAGAGUCCCGGGUUUAAGUAAUGAUCGAGAGCGAAUGGUCAGCGAAUUGCUUCAUAUACCUCUGUGGUCACUGACCAAUACACCUUCAACAGUUAUUGAUCUCACAAACUCUACAACUGUAGUUAGCGGAUCACAAACAACUUUAACGCGCUCAGAGAGUCAACCACAAUCCUUGCAAAGCGUGAAUACUACCAGAGCACCUUACACUUCAAGAUUAUCAGUAACCGAUCGGGGACUCCUAAGUGAACCCGCACUUCUUCCGAAUACUCAAGCCGAUCCUUCUUCGAUUUCAUCAAGUAUUACUAAUGUGGUUUGUAGCGAUAUUAAUUCUGUUAAUUGGAAUUCUGCUGUAUCAAAUCAACCGACAUCUACUAACACUCUUUGCUUUCAAGAUAGUCGAAGUUCUCCUUUAAGCACACUGGCUAACGAAACUAUCUCAAUUCAAAAUUCAUCCAGUGGCUGCCCUGAAACAGCCCAAUAUCUUUAUAUAUCAUCGGGUUCGUCUGAUGAAGAAGUGACCGUCUAUCAUAAGGAUACUGGAACUGCUGUUGAACUCAUAGAUACAACUUCCGAUGAAUCUGAAGAUGAUAAUAAUUCCUUCCGAAAUGAAUUAAGAAAUACUUGUGGAUGUGAGGAAUACCAUUGUUCAUCACACACGACAGAACCUAGUAUAUCUUUACAAAGCGACGUGCCGCUUACGAAUAUGUAUGCAUCUACUUCAGCUCAAACAACACAAAAUAAUACGGCUAGACAAAGUGUGGUUACAUCCAAUAACUCAGUUGAUAGUAUAGUAAAUACUACUAAGGAAGUGUCAGUCAACUUAUCGCUUUCAUGUACUCGUAGUUCAAGUAGUAACUGUACUGAUUCAAUCACUAAUCAGCAGCCUUCCAUAACUGCUCAUGAAGAAUCUAUGGAAAUAGAUGAAGCAGUUUUUCCAUCAUCAUCAAAAGAUUGGAUAACAUCAAUGACUAAUUCAUCUGGAAAGUAUAAAGGUACAGUAACUGACAGUAGUAACGCAAUACAGUCACUUUCCUCAGAACAUACUAGAACUAUCCUGUCUCCUAGAAAUUCUUUGAAGCAUUAUUAUCCUUCCCAGACAAAACGUCCAUCAUACUACCAUCAUCGUAAACGCAAGUUGGAUUUCAAUUUAAAUCACUCAGAAAGCACGGAUAGUGAUUGUGAACUUGUUGGAGAAUCAAUAAGGAUAUACGAUGAUUCUUCCUGUUCAGUUUCCGGAACUAGUUCGUCUUCCUCAGAUGAUUGUCAGAGUGCUACAAGAUUCAGUCCAACACUAAUUCAUUGUUGCAGUCCAUCCAAAUGUAAAAGCUCUCACAAGAAACAUCUUCAUUAUCCCCGUAGUUUUACUUGCCAUCAUAAGCGAUCAUGCUGUUGCCACUACCAAUCAAAGCAUCGCAAAAAAACUUUCGUUCAGAUUCCCGAUAUACUAAUUUACUUGAAUAAUCCAUCUUCUCCUGUUAUUAUUUCAGAUAACGAUGAUAGUACUGAGUCUCAUAAGGUUGUUGGUGAAAAUAGGAUUGAUUCAAUACACGCCAAUCAACAUAUUUAUUCAGAGAACCAGGAAACUGUUGUGUCACAACUACCUCAUGUUUCUGUCAUUAAUGCAGGCACUUCGCUGUCAUUUUCAGCAGAAACAGGACGCAGUGCAUUGCCUAAUCAUUGUCAAAAUCAUUAUGUUUCUUCUCAUCAAACCUGUAAUAUCAAUUCCGGUUCUCAACCAUAUGUACAAAAUUCAUCUCAUUCUUCAACGUCCUGUAGAAUACUUCAACCUGACACUGUCGAGGAUUUUUAUCGCGUGAUUGCUAAACAUGAACGUCAAAGUCAGGGUUCAACACAUGUGGCUUCUACAGUGGAUGAAGCAACUGUCCCAUCAUCAUCCUGUCAUAAAUCCAAUCAAACAGAUAACAUAAAUUUACCAUCUUCUAGUGCAUCCAGGUCACCCAGUUGUGGGACACAAGAGUAGCAUGAACUGUUAAGUUAAUCAUAUCAGUAACAUCAGAGUCUAUUCCUCUUCGAAUUUGUCUAAUUGAAUACAACGUGUAUCUCCAGUGAGAGUUUUAGCAUUUUGUGAUUUCUCUGUACAUAGAAAUGAAGUAACGUCGAUAAAUGUCUGAGUGUGGCUUUAAUAAAAAAAGAGUAAGAAAAGACACCAAUAGUUCCAACACUAUUUCCGUUAAUUAUUGAGUUUUUUUUAAAACUAUUAUAUGCUCCAUAACAUUUAAGUAACCAUUAUUCUGUAAUCAUUAUAUUGUGUAAAAAGCUGUAUUCUUAUGUUCGAAUCAAUAUAUUAGCUAAAUACGUUUGUAUGAAAAAGGUUAUGUUGUAAUUCGUUUCUGCUGUUAAAUUUGUUCAUUUUCAUGAUCUUGUGUACGACCACUCAUUAAUAAGUGUUUAGAAAUAUCUAUCCCUAUUAGCAUCUUUAUCAGAAAAUAUCUAUUUGCCUAAACCUUGAAAACACGAAGAUACAAAU